AUGCCGGUCUACAACACUCCCGCCACGCAAAACCUGCUCAAGCGCGCUUCUUAUAGCCCUCCCUACCGAUCUCCUUACGGUCCUCAAUACACCGUCGCUACCCACUGGCAUGGCUUGACACUCCCCAAGGUCACCAAGGCCGGCUUCAUUGCUGGUGGCUUCGGUGCUGCCGCCGGUGUUUUCGCCGUUUUCUUCUUCGGCGAGGUCCCGCGUGUCAGGAAGGAUAUUCUGCAGAAGCUGCCUUUCCUCGACACCUACUUUGACCGUACCAUUCCUGCUGAGGACAACACAUGCUUUCCGUCGUUCUGUUUAAAUCCUAACGAACCUAACGUAGUAUCAAGUAGCGAGACCUUUCCCAGCCGGGAAACUCAAGCCGUCUCGCGCUGUGAUUUGCGCCUGCAAAACAAGGCUUGGCUUGGCGCUUGUGUGAACUGA